UUGUUGGUGUACACUCGUCGAUUGCAUCUUAUGCAUCGUGUAGAAUGUCUAAUCAAUGGUCUUCUGACAAUUGAGAAUCUUGAUUCACCUGCAAAAGCGAUUUUUCGUCAGUACUGUCUUUCAGACAUUGUUAAAUCUGUCUUCACGGAGAAUCAGCGCAUAGACCCCUCCUUGUUCCCCUGCUUUACUCAUCGUGCCCGUCUGUCAUUUAAUUCAAUGGAUCUUCUCUUUGACAAUACUGCUAACCGACUCGCUGAGCCUAUACUUUCUUGCCAGAAUGAGCCUUCUUCCCAGUGUCCUGGACCUAAAUUUGAACCUCGACUUCUAGUUUCCACCCCUCAUUUCAAAGCAUCAUCCGGAAAAUUCACUCAGCCUUCGCAAAGACCUGUCCAAUAUCAAUUGCCUUCGACUCUCGAGACCUUUCACAAAGGAUGCCUUAUGCCAAGGCCAGCCCAUUCUUCUUUUGCUGAUGAGACAAAGGAAGAAAAAAGAGGCGAGUGGAAGGAACUCGUAAGUUGGUUCCACCGGAGACAGCAGGAGGGUUGCCUUGGAGCUGUAGUUGUAUAUUUGUGCGCACUGCCCUGCGACCCAGAUGAAUCCUUGCUGAGCUUUCGUCCGUCAUGUUACGGACAUCGUCAGAGCAGUACACCAUGA